UUCGUGUACUUCCUCUAAUGACCAUACCAGAGAUAUCAAUCAAAUGUCAAACAGUAAAUGAAAAACAGACAUCCAACAACUUGAAGAGUGCUGCCCGGCCACCGUGCAAGCCUCAAGGACGCCCACAGCCCAGGCUGGCGGAAUGAGGCAAGUCUGACAGGCAACAUUAAUAGGUAUAAUGGCGGUUGCACAAGGCUGCCAAAAGGUCUGACGGCCGAAGCGGGAGACCUACCGAAUACUACUCGCCUGGUCUGUUGUCAUUCUGCAAGGAUAUUGCUAGAGUGGGUGAGCAAGCAGGGAAGACACGACGAGGAACUUGGAGGGGAGGAGUACAGUACUUUCAGCAUGAUUGCUGCCUCCCUCUCAUAUUGAACCCUGCACCAACUAGGAACGCCGUUGAACGAGCCGUUGAGCGACGACUGAGCUUCAUACUGGUCAAGUUAUCCUAGGUUCUCUGCUCACUACUACUACUGCACCGGCAGGGCGCACACUACCGGAGUCUUGGGGGGAUUUGGCCCCUGCUUGAAUAAAUCCCGGGACUGGGUGCAUGAUCCGGUGCUCCCCCACUGCACCGAUCCUGGUUAAAGCAGGGCACCAUGCCCAGAAGUCCAUGCCUGUUGUACCCAAUACGAGGCUGCCUGAGGCAGGCAUCUUGACAUAAAAUUCUUUCCCCCUCCACACUACCUACCUACUAACACGACCAGGACUAGUGCAGUGCCUAAUAAUAAUGGCUGCUCCCGGCCAGUCGUCCUCCCGCCGGCCGCGACCGUGGCGCCAACUAAAAUUUUGGACAUCAGACCUCAUACUGCUUGAAGCCGUAACACAAUGGCAAUGCGCUGUGCAGCUUUAUCCAUGCACAAGCAUCGAACUAUUUGAAACCUGCAUGGCGAGCUAACCGCUGCAUCUCAAUCCUGACCUAGUGUCUUCGUGACCAUCCCAAAACAUCUCCGCGGUCUCCUGUACCAUGUUCGCCGUUCCCGGUUGGGCUGUGUCCCCGGCCGCCCUGGUCCCAGAAUCGCAAUACUCGAAGACGGGCGAAAAGACGAAGAAGAGAAAGAACAUGCACCCUGAUGGAGACCAUGCGGCCAAAGUAACCGGAACUGAACUCGAAAAGCUAUGGAACCAACGCAAGGCGUCCGAGACCGUCGAAAGGCAUGCCGGGACCCAAGAGGUUACCCCGAAGGCCAGACGAAAGUCAAACGAGACCGGCGGCCCAGAGAGCCAGACCAAGGGCGAGGAAACACCCGCGGCCAGCAAGCAUAAGGACAAGAACAAGAACAAAAACAAGAAAAGAGUUCACGAGGAGAAUACAACGUCCGAGGCGCCGGCACAGGAUUCUAAAACGUCCCAGCAUUCCCAUUCUCGAGACAACAAGACAGGAGCCUCAGGGAAGGCUGGCAAGAAAAGUAUAGACGGAAGCCGCAAAGCAAAUGGCAAUAAUGGCCAAACCAAAAACCCAUCGCAGACCACCACAUCGUCUGCCGAAGCCGUCAUCAAAGCCCUCCCUCCCGUACCGACACCGGCCAAACUGACACCACUCCAAGCCAAGAUGCGCAGCAAGCUCACGUCUGCCCGCUUCCGGCACCUCAACGAGACCUUGUAUACCACAUCCUCGGCCGCCGCGAUGGACCUGUUCACCAACUCCCCCGACCUAUUCGCCGAAUACCAUGCCGGAUUUUCCCAACAAGUCAAGGAUUCGUGGCCUCAAAAUCCAGUCGACCAGUACAUUGCGACGUUCAAGCGGCGAGGACAGAGUCAAGGAUCCGACUCGCUCCCUCGACGGAAGACAGGCACCUGCACGAUCGCCGACCUAGGCUGUGGAGAUGCUCCUCUUGCACGAGGGUGCCAAUCCCAGAUCAAGAACCUGAAGCUCAAAUUCCACAACUUCGAUCUCCACGCUCCGAACAGCCACGUCACCAAGGCAGAUAUCGCGAACCUACCGCUUCGCGAUGGCGAGGUCGACGUGGCCGUAUUCUGUCUAAGUCUGAUGGGCACCAACUGGCUUUCUUUCGUCGAGGAAGCCUGGCGCAUCCUCCGCGGUGACGGCAAGGGUGAAGUUUGGGUUUCCGAGGUCAAGUCUCGCUUCGGCCGUGUGACAAAGGGACCGGGCCAUGUCGUCGAGAACAGCGUAGGCAAGAGGCGGAAGACUCCUAAGAAACAGCACAAGAAAUUCAACGGUUCCGAGGGCACUGCUGUCGACCCCGAUCCACUCGAUGGCGAGGAGGAAGUGUUUGCCGAUGCCGAAGGCGGUGCUGCCGUUGCUGUCAAAGAUGACACGGACAUUUCGGCAUUCGUCAAAGUCUUUUCGCGCCGUGGGUUCGUGUUACGACCCGAAUCGGUCGACAAAAGUAACAAAAUGUUUGUGAGCAUGGUCUUUGUCAAGUCCGGCGUGCCCAGCGCAGGAAAGCACAAGUGGCUCAAGUGGAACGGUCACGAGUAUAAGAGAGUCCAUGAUGGCAAGAUGAGGUUUAUUAGCAAAGGAGAUGCUGCUGCUGGUGCUGACGAUGACGAUGUGUCGCCAGAGGAGGAAGCAAAGGUCUUGAAGCCUUGUGUGUACAAGACCAGAUGAUAUUUGGACCAGUUGAUUGAUGUCCGCUUUAUGGCGUGAAUUCUAGCACGAUGAUCCGAACACAUUCAUGUAAUAAAACCUGGGAGCAGCACUGUCUGCCGUGACCCAGCCGGGUAUUAAUCAUCCCAAAAAUCGGCUGUGAUUUAUUUUUGUUUCAUCCCUCGUGCGAUUCGUCAAAAUCAUGCAUGGUACUGCAGUGCAAACAAAGAAGCAACAAUAGCAGUAGCAAUCUAACUAACUGCUUCCCCAUA